CAUUAUCUCUGGCUCUCUGCACUCUGUUUUGCAUUUGCUCUCAAAACGUUGCUCCCGCGGCAUAAUGACUGCUCUCGCAGUAACAGUCUCUCUGCUGCCUCUACCACGGCGAGGCAGCCACCAAAGCCGCCGUGCCACCUUUGUUUGCGACUUCUCAGUACUCACGACUUCGACUGCGAAACAUAUAGCCCCAAGUAGGACGGCAUUGUCUCCCCAGUUUUAUCUUUCAAGAAGAAAACGUUGGUCUCUAAAUUCAACCGAAGAAGGCAGGGGCGAAGUAGAUUAUGAAGUUCUCACGGCUCUUACAAGCAGGUAUAAUGAUAUAGUUAUCCUGGACACCGCAGAAUCACGGGUGCUGCUCCUCGAUUCCAGUGGUAAUGUACACAGCAUAUUACACAAGUCAAAAAAGUGGACCAAUGCAUAUUGGGAUGAUUUUGCCACUUUUCCGGCUAUUGUUCCGAAAGGUCCCAUUGCAAUCCUAGGCUUGGGUGGUGGAACAGCUGCUCAUUUGAUGCUUGAAUUAUGGCCUUCGGUACAGCUUGAGGGCUGGGAAGUUGAUGACAUUUUGAUAGAAAAAGCAAGAGAAUAUCUUGGUCUAUCUGAUCUGGAGGAGCACAAUGAAGUAGGUGGGGCAUUAAAGGUUCAUAUUGGUGAUGCACUUUCUCCAUCUGUUGCUAUCCCUGGAGGGUAUGCAGGUAUUAUAGUUGAUUUAUUUUCUGAUGCAAAAGUUUUGCCUCAGCUGCAAGAGGUUGCAACUUGGUUAACUCUGAAAGAUAUGCUGAUGCCAAAUGGUCGAAUUAUGGUGAACUGUGGUGCUGCUACCAAUAUAACAAGCCGACCAGAAUUUGCAUCAUUUGGUCCUUGGGAAUUAAAUGAAACUAUCAAGGCAUUAUGCACAGCCUUUCCUGGACAAAUAAAUUGGAAAAAGCUUCCAAGGACAGCAGGGGAAAAUUAUCUUGCACUGACAGGGCCAUUGCCUGAUUUGGCUGUUUGGUCAGCUUGUCUCCCUGAAGAAUUGAGCUCAAUUGUCAAGCAAUGGAAGGCCUGCCAAUUUUCAUGAAUUUGAGGGCAAUGGUUAUACAAUGUGUGACUCUUAGCCCCUAGGGAAAUUGUCAUUUUUUAAAAGGAUCUCCUAAAAUUUGUUUUGAAUUUCUUUUGAUUCUUCAAAUUUUGAAAGUGAAUUUAGUUGCUUUGGUCAAAUGUUUUGAUUAAUUGGAGGCUGAAUAACUUCUGGUUUAGACUUUUAAGUUUGUAAAAGCUUUCACCUCGAGUCGUCAAGAACUUAAGAUUGUAAGGGUAGUAUAAGGUAUAUCUAUAUUAUUUCAUACAA